AUGGCUUUGAAACAGCUGCCGAUGAAUUCUGGCAGCAAAGACGACUUUCAGUUAUUUGGGGAAAACAUGAACUUUACAACAUCAAAUGACUCUUCCAAUCCACCGGACUCGCGAAAAAGAGCGGCACAACACGACAAAGGAGUGCCACGCCACGAGGAAAGCUUUGUACAACCAGAACCGCCGAAGAAACAGAAAGUCAUUCUUCCAACUCAUGUGGCUCAAAAUCAAGAUCAAAGUCGGAUGAGCAACACGUCAGAUGAUAUCGCAUCACAAGUAAAGCACGGAGGUCCCUUUUUGCACCUUGAUAGCAAGGACUCGAGUAGCGGUGAUGAAAAAUCAAAACUUGAAGCCGUGUUGCGAGAACUUGGCCAAGAGAUGAGGAUGGUACACUUGAAGUGGGCACAACCAUUUGCGGAGGGUGAAUCUUUCGAAAGAUAUUGUCCAGUCAAACUUGACGAACUCCUUAAGGAAGCUCUGAGGCUUGAACAACACCUAAAGAAUCAGAAAGAACGCUUGAAGGAGAGGUUAACUCUGAUUACACGAACCCUUCAAAUGCCUACCGUAUAAUAGAUCGUUAUUCGAGUUAAACUGUAAAAUACCGCCGUAAAUUUUUUAGCCGAUUGCUAUCUACUGCUAUUGCCAGUUUAAUUAAUCACAUUUGAACAGAAUGCCAUUUUUCACUCUGCAGUUCGAGAUGAUGCAACGAAAAUGAUGAAACAAAAGACAGUGGUAAUCUUGAAACUUGUCAGACUAAUUAUGAACCAAUGACCGGUCAGCUACCGGUGGAAACCAAACCUAAAUUAUUUACAAUCACUUUUCCAGUAUUCCGCAGGACCUUUCAGUAACGUCGAAGUGAGUUCUCUUGUGGUUCUGGUGACAGUGUCUUUACCGCAUUACAUCAACUACU